AUGUUUGUUUCAUCGUGUCGAAUCAUUACUAAUCGAAAUAUUUCAUCGAACUUUUUCAAUACAACGAUACCAACGAUUUCUUCAUCAAACAAAACCGAUGGUGAAUGGGUUUUAAAUAGUAUAUCACUAUUGAUUUGUAUAUUUGCUUUACUUGGAAAUGCCGCUGCACUCGUUGUUAUGUUUGGUUCUCGUGGACCAAUUCGAUUAACAAAUAAUAAAUAUUUAGCAAAUUUAGCGUGUGCAGAUUUGUUACGUGCAUGUUUUAUGCCUUUUACGAUUAUUGCACGAAUGAAUCGAAACUUUAUGUUUGGACCGAUUAUUUGUAAAGUUUUACCAGUUAUUCAAGGUUUAAGCGUUGCUGUGGAUGUUUUUACUCUUGUUUGUAUUAGUGUUGAACGUUAUAUAGCCAUUUGUCGUCCAUUAUUAAUAUUAAAACUUCAAUCAUUAAGAUUUGCAAACGUUUUUAAUGGUUUAAUUCUAUUUUUAAUAUGGACAUUGGGACUCUUAACAGCAUUGCCGAACAUUCCGAUGUAUAAUUUGUGUUCUUUGCCUAAACCUGGAAAAUUUAAAUGUGAACGAGUGAAAACUCAAUAUUUCGAUGAACGAUAUUAUAUGAUUGCUUUAGAUAUUUUUUAUUUUUUGGUACCGAUGGUCGUCAUGCUCGUUCUUUACACUCUGAUCAUUUGUAAAAUGUAUAAAAACAAUACUGCGAUGCGAAUGCGAUCGUUUCAAUGUAGUAAUAAUCAAAGUAAAACUCAAUCAAAUUCAUCAACUCCGACUCAACUUCGUCAAAGUACUUAUGCUCAACGUGAAUUAAACGAAGAUAAAUUCAAUAGUCGCGAAUCAUCAAAAUUCGAAAGCGUUGGAAGAAUAUCUGGUCAAAGUAAUAAAUCUCGAUCGGGUUUGAACGACGAUGAAUACCAAAAGACUUCCUCUUGGUCGAAAGGUUCCACUCUCGGGAGAAGACAUUCACAAUCGAAUCUACUUCAUCGUCAUUCGUCGAAAGAAACUAAACGUUCACGAACAAGUAAUAAUAGUAAUCGAAGUCAACCGUCAUCUUCAAAUCAAGGAGUUUAUCGAAUGGAUCGACAUCGUCGCAAAGCAUUGAAACUUCUCAUCGUGAUUAUCGUCGAAUUUUUCCUUUGUUGGACUCCAUUAUUUAUCUACAAUACCUUGGGAACAUUUGAUAAAGAAUUUUAUCGUAAAAUGCCAACAAUUCUCAUUGAUGUUAUUCUUCUAUUUUCAUUUGCAUCGCCCUUGUGUAAUCCAUUAACGUAUUAUUUCAUGUCAAAACGAUAUCGAUCAGUUUUAUACGCACAUUUAUCGUGUUGUGUUUGGCGAACAAAUGAAGAAAAACUCAAUUCAAAGCAUCAAGAAGCACAUCAAAUGAUUAAAGCUUUGCAUUUACAUCAACAGCAGAACAGUUUGAGAUAUAAACAGAAAAAUACGAAAACAUUAACAAGUUCGUCGAAUCAAGUUUUAUAUCAUUCAAAAUUUCGAUCAAAUACUGAAGAAUAA